AUGGUUGUAGGCAGGUGCCUUGGCUUCCUUUUCGGCUCUAUGUAUCACGAGGUUCUCUCCGUCUGCGCAUGCCUCAUCGACCACCCACCACCAAUUCUCAGUCCAAUUUCAUUGCGUUUACUUGGUGAUCAACUCGGGCACACGAGUCUCUUUGGAAAUACACCGUCUCAUCGCAACAGUAGCAAUAGCCACGGACAGAGAGGAUUCCGCAAUUGCGUGUACAGGUGCGGCUUCGAACACGCGUUGCUUUGGAAGGAAUUUGAACGGCGUAAGCGCUACAUGCCUGUCAGUCUAGCGCAUGACUCCUUCACGCCGUCGUACCCGAACGACCAGUUCAGACAUUUUGAAUUUCGUUCAUUUGUUUCGACUCGGGACGCGGAACACGGUAUUCUCAACCAUCAGACUUGCGUGGACGACAAUCUACUCGGUAGUCUACCAAAGCACCUCUUUGCUGUUACGUUCUAUUCCUGGGAGGCCUUUGACCAACUCCGACCGGCAGAGACAGCUUCCUCGGAUCCACUGCGUAGACCUCAGUUUCGGGGAAACGCUCGAAAAAUACCUGGAAACGCUCGGACACCACAGAGAUGGUUUGUUCUUGCUAUCGAUUGA